UCUGGCACUUCCUUCCUCAGCCCACACAGAAGCCAUGGUGGACAAGACGGACCUGGUUCAGAAAGCCAAGCUGGCCGAGCAGGCGGAGCGCUACGACGACAUGGCCGCGGCCAUGAAGGAGGUCACAGARGAGGGCUCGGAGCUCAACAACGAGGAGCGCAACCUGCUCUCCGUUGCCUACAAGAACGUGGUGGGGGCCAGGAGGUCCGCGUGGAGGGUGAUGUCCAGCAUAGAGCAGAAGACGGACAACCCCAAGACCACGCUGGCUAAGGAAUACAGAAUAAGCAUUGAGAAGGAGCUGAAUGACAUCUGCAAAGAUGUUUUGGAACUGCUUGAUAAACAUCUCAUUCCUAAAGCGACACCUGCUGACAGUAAAGUCUUCUACCUGAAGAUGAAGGGAGACUACUACCGCUACCUGGCUGAGGUGGCAACCGGGGAGGACAAGGAGGCCAUCAUCAACAACUCACAAGAUGCCUACCAGAAGGCGUUGGAUAUCAGCAUCAAAGAAAUGCAGCCCACACAUCCCAUCCGUCUAGGCCUCGCCCUGAACUUCUCCGUCUUCUACUACGAGAUCGUCAACUCGCCUGACAAAGCCUGCCAACUGGCCAAAUCGGCCUUUGAUGAAGCCAUAGGCAUGCUGGACUCCCUCAACAGCGACUCUUACAAAGACAGCACCUUGAUCAUGCAGCUGCUCCGUGACAAUCUGACACUGUGGAUGUCAGAUACACAGGGAGAGGGUGAAGGAGAAGAGACGGAGCAGCCUGCUGAGAAGAACUGAACUUCAGAAAACAGAAGAGAGAACGACACAUUUUUUACCUCUCACCAGCCUAAGUUGUGCGCGUGGUUGUGUGCACGCAUACACGCACAGUUUACACUUCACUCACAAUGUGUAAAGUACAGUGUGUGUGUGUGUGCAGAUGCAUCGAWGUGCGUGUGUUUUGUGUGGUAACUGUACGAGCAUGUCGACAGAGGACAAGAAUGGAAUAUAUUUGCUUUUCUUCUGAACAUUGUGUGACUUUUUGUUUCGUUUUGUUUGCUUUAGUCCAGACGAGAUCCCUCCUUUACAUCCGCCCCAUGAUGUUUAACAUUAUUCUGUGUAGCAAACUCCUGCUGCGGCAGGAAAACAAACCAACCUCUUAACUGUCUCUUCAGACAAUUUCUUAUGUUUUUACUUGAACUGAACAUUUACCAUGUUUGCGACACUUUGUUCCGGUUUCUUUGAGCGGUCCGUCUGACAGCAGCAGUGAAUAUAAACUGAUGGAAGGUUUCGUUGAAGCUCUGUCUCCAUAGUGCUCGUAUCUAUCCUGCCCUGUCAGUGUCCAGUGUAGCAGGUAGUGUUUUUUAUGGAUGGUACAUGCGUCAAUUCGAUGGGUUGUACGUCUUUUUCCAUCAGUGUUUCCUUGUGAAUGACCACUUACAAUUAGGUUGAUUUUUCUUUUUUUUUGUUGAGAGGAUUAUAUUCUACAGUGACUAUAAUUUCCUGCAGUGUUUCRUACCACAUAAGUUAAAAGCAGCCUAAAAUAACAUGAACUUGAUUAAAAACUAAAAUGGCUCGAUACUGUAACUUUUUUGAUAUUUUAUCUCUUCAGCAGCGCAGAGRAUACUUUUGCCAUGUGGCUUUCUACUCUUUUUCUAUUUGGGUAUUUUUUUGUAUUUUUUCUUCAUUUUGUUCCCUUUUUUGAAUUUGACUCCUGGAAUGUAUGUGAUUCUCAGUAGUAUGGUGUGAGGGUUAGACAUUAUAAACAGGCGGUUUUUGGCUUAGGAUUAACCUUAACCUGGUGUCUUAAAGUAAUUUAUCCUUUUUUUAGUGCAUCAUGAAAAGAUGAACUAAACCAUGUGAACUUAAAUAUAUAGUGAUUAUUGAAGUAACUUGGUAGAAAGCUUCAUUAAAGCCAUUUUGUAGUCACAAAGUAGUGCCAGUUUCUUCUAAUUACAGUACCUUGUUUUUUAAAAGGUUGGGAUUCAGAAUUUACAAACAUUUUGAGUGCAUUAUUUGGUUAUGUGCUUUCAUGUAAGUGGAAUUAAAAUGUUCAAACUUAA